AUUCCUACGUUUUAUGUGAAAUCGUUUGCAUUUGCUUUCAAGGUCAGACUGAGUACCGUUUUGUUAAUCCUCUUUCCCGUUUUCGUGCUAAUUUUUGCCGUUUAGCUACUGCAGCCAGAAAAAGAAAAUGUCUCUGUCGAAACCGAUUUACACUUUACUCGGUUCCUACCUGGAACAACUCUUCGAACAUCCACUGCGCACAAAAGCAUUAACAAGCUGCGUCAUCGCGUCUUCCGCAAACUUGGUUUCCCAGAAGCUAGCAGGCGUGAAGGAACUCAACAAGGACUCGGUGAUGGCGUACGGGCUGUUCGGGUUGAUCUUUACCGGGCCUCUGUCGCACUUUUUCUACAGCUGGCUGGAUCGAAUCACAAACGACACCCGGUUCAAGAAGCUCUUUAUGGUGCUCGGUGAGCGGGCAUUAUUUGCUCCAAUCAUAACCGGCCUGUCGCUGUACUUUAUCUCGCGGUUCGAAUAUAAAAGUCAUGAUGAGGCGCUCGGUAACUUGCUUACGCAGUACAAAAGCAUCCUACGGGGCAACUGGAAAUUCCUAACGCUGCCGGUGUUCAUCAACUUCAACUACAUUCCACCUAUGCUACGCGUCCUUUUUGCCAACAUAAUCGGUUUCUGCUGGAUGGUGAUAUUGUCCACGAAGAGAAGGAAAGCAGAGCAACGUCGCCAACAACAGGAACAGGCAAAAACCAAGUAAAACUGAUGAACUGGAAUAACUGACACAUGGAGUUCGUUUGAGGAAUUGCAUUUAGUUGCGGAAGCAAUGGCUUUUGGGGGAAAAAUAAGCAAGUUUGGAAGCCAACGCGGCUGCGGUUAUGGGGAACAUAAUGUUGCAAUAGUUUUACUCUGUCAAAAGUCAAGGAUAUUAUUUUGUUUUACUUAGUCGAAAAU